GCUCUGGUGCCAGGAGGGACGGUUUUAACAGCUCCAGCUGACGCAGGGAGCUCCGGCCUCACGCCUCCCCUCCCGGGGCUGAUGUGCCACCAUCCCACACAUGGUGCCGGUGGCCGGUGCAGAGCAUGAGGGACCGGCUGGCAGAGCUGCAGCAGCGAGCUGCAGCCGAGGGCAACCCGCAUGAGGAUGCUCUGUGCUUCGACAACCCGGUGUUCACUCAGGAUGACACCAGCCCUGUUAGCCGGGCGCUGCGGGAGGCAGCCGAGCUCUGGCGGGCGCUGGACCAGCUGGAGCAGCUCUCUGAGAGCAUCAACAGGACGCAGCAGACGGUGCUGUGCUGCACCUCCGAGGAGAGCAUCGCUCGUGAGAAGAGGGGGCUUGGCACUGCCAGAGCCACCUUCACCCGUGAGGCCAUGGCCCUGCAGCCCCAGUUGGGUGCUUUACCAGCAGAACCAGAGGAGCGGACAGGGCAAGCGGGGCCCCGCGUCCGCCAGACCCAGUGGUGGCUGUUGUUGCAGCAGUACCGCGCCAUCCUCGCCCGCCACUAUGCCCGGGAGAGCCGCUACCGGCAGAGGCUGAAGGAGCAGCUCGAGAGGCAGGCAGAGCUGGCGGGCAUUGACCUGGCGGCCGAGGACUUGGACCAGCUGGCCAAGAGCCCCGAGGUGCCCCGCAUCGUGGGCAGGGACCUGGAGGAGGUCAAGGCCAAGCAGCACCUCGCCAUGGCCCAGGCGCGCCAGCGGCAGCUCCUUGACCUGGAAGCGCAGAUGGCGGAGCUGCACGGGCUCUUCCUGCGGCUGGAGGGGCUGCUGGCCGAACAGCACGGGGCUGCUGACAGCGUGGAGCAUCACGUCCUGCGCACCCUUGACUAUGUCGCCCAGACCGGUGGCGAGGUGAAGAAAGCCUUCAAGUACCAGCGCCCAUCGCGGCUCUCGGCUCUGCUGACAGCAGCGCUCAGCAUCUGCGCCUGCUGCGCCUGCCUGCCCUGCCUCAGCGGGACCCUCCGGUGAGCCCGUGCUGCACCGGGACAGCUUCACAGCAGCUCUUGUUGAUUUUCCUCCUGCAUCUGUGCAAGAAAUGGUGUCACGAGAAGCUGCUGCUGUCUUGUACUCCUUGCACAGUGGUGCAGGAGCCAUGCACACCUUGCACGGCACCAUGGGGACCACGCAAACGUGGUAUGGUGGCGCAAAGGCUGUGCACACCUUGCACGGCAGCAUGGGUACGAGGCAUAUCUUGAAUGGUGGCACAGGGACCACACACAUCUUGCACAAUAGCACAGGGACCAGGCACACCUUUGGACUACGGCACAGGGGCCACGCACACUCUGGUUAAUGGUGUGGGCACCACACUUGCACUGCAGGCACCCAGAGCGCUGCAGUCCCCAGCAAGGAAAAGCAUUUUUAAUACUAUGAAACAUAACUUAAAAGUUUUAUUGUUUCUAUUUUAGGAAUAUUUAAAGGAGAGAGGGGAAAAAAAAGCCUGUUGAAGUUUUUGGCACAUUUAUUGUUACGUGUGAGGGGACCCAAUGGCUCGGUGCCUCACAGUGUGUGGGGCACACACAGAGCAGUGUGGCAGUUUCUGGGGUGAGGUCCCAGCUGCCUUGGUCACCCUUAGGUUUGUUUUCUUUUUCUAGCUGAGCCUUAAUAAAACAAUUUCU